AUGACGAUCGUUAUAUCCUCAAAGCCAUGUUUUACACAAAGAAACUCAUCAGCAGUUCAGCACAGAACAGAUUUAUUUGCUACUCUGCCAAAGAAAAUACAGAAUGCAAAAUGGAUGAACUGUAAUUUCCCAUCACAGCAAUACUCGAUUCAAAGUGUUCAAUCAAAGGCAACUGAAGUUGUUUCCACCCCAGAUGAAGCAAAACUAAUCAGUAGCUAUGUUCCAGUUUAUGUAAUGCUCCAGCUGGAUGUUAUUAGUAUAGACAACGUUUUAUCGAAUCGAGCAAAGCUGGAGAAGCAGCUAGUGAAGCUCAGGGGAGCAGAAGUUGAUGGUAUAAUGGUUGAUGUGUGGUGGGGAAUUGUAGAAUCAAAGGGACCAAAACAAUAUGAUUGGUCUGCUUACAGGGAUCUGUUUCAACUGGUUCGAAGCUAUAAACUCCGGAUUCAGGCGAUCAUGUCGUUUCACCAAUGUGGUGGCAAUGUAGGAGAUGAUGUUUUUAUACCACUUCCAGCUCGGGUGCUUGAGAUUGGAGAUGAGGACCCUGAUAUUUACUACACCAAUAGAUCAGGAAACAGGAACAGAGAAUGCCUUUCACUUGGUGUAGACAAUUUACCCCUCUUCCAAGGUCGGACCGCCAUCCAGAUCUACAGUGACUAUAUGAACAGCUUCAGAGAAAACAUGGCUGACUUUUUGGAUACCGGAACUAUCGUAGAGAUUGAGGUGGGUCUAGGACCUGCUGGAGAGCUGCGAUAUCCAUCAUAUGUAGAAACUCAAGGAUGGAAAUUUCCUGGAACUGGAGAAUUUCAGUGCUAUGACAAGUACUUGAGAGCAGACUUUGAAGAGGCUGCAAAAAUGGCAGGCCAUCCUGAGUGGACAAUGCCAGACAAUGCAGGAAACUACAAUGACACGCCGGAAAGAACAGGGUUCUUUGGAGCAGACAAAACAUAUGUCUCAGAACAAGGGAAGUUCUUCUUAGUCUGGUAUUCUAACAAGUUAUUGAUCCAUGGAGAUCAGAUCCUUGAAGAAGCCAACAAAAUUUUUGUGGGAUGCAAAGUCAAGCUGGCUACAAAAGUCUCUGGGAUCCAUUGGUGGUACAAUGAUGAAACUCAUGCUGCAGAGUUAACAGCAGGAUACUACAAUGUCGAAAAUAGGGAUGGAUACAGACCGAUUGCCAGGAUGUUGUCAAGACAUUAUGCUUGCUUAAAUUUCACAUGCCUAGAGAUGCGAGAUUCUGAACAUCCGGCCAAAGCGAAGAGCGGACCUCAGAAACUAGUUCAACAAGUUCUGAGUGCUGGCUGGAGAGAAAACAUUGAUGUUGCCGGCGAAAAUGCGCUGUCAAGAUACGACCGUAACUGCUACAACCAAAUCCUUCUUAAUUCCAGGCCAAAUGGUGUCAACAAUCUGAUCAGAACAAAGAAUUUGAAGCUGUCUGGAUUCACUUACCUUCGAUUAUCAGAUGAACUGUUGGGAUGGAAGAACUUCAGGGUGUUUACAUCUUUUGUGAAGAAAAUGCAUGCUGAUCAGGUCCAUGAUCCAGGAUACAUCAGCUUGCAACCUCUAAAGCCAUCAAAACCGAAGGUUUCGAUCAAUUUUCUUCUGGAAGCAACUGAACCCAUUGAGCCAUUUCACUGGGAAGAAGAAACAGAUAUGAGUAUUGGUGGCACAGUUUUUGAUCUUUUGGACAGCCUCUUAGAACUAUUUUUCCUAGGAUAA